CGUAGGAGGAGGAGAGGGCUAGGACAUGGGGAAUCAGCACUGGCCCGUCUGAUAGAGAUCGGUAAUUUUUUAUUUAAAAAAAAACCCGAGAGGCCUUAGAAAAACGCAAACGACAAAAACCCAUCCCUGGCAUAUAAACAUUAAACAAAUCAAUGGACUGAAUGAAGACUGCAUACAACGCCUAUCGAUGCCUGGCCAAGGAUUUGGAUGCUUACGCCAUGAAUCCAGAGAUGACAAUGGACAGCAUUGGCAAUCUGCAUGGUGGAGUAAGCCAUGACCAGGAUCUGAUGAGUGGUCACAGUCCCCACCACAGUCGGAACACGGGGGCUGCUUCCUUGCGGAUACAUCAGGAUUUGGCCGCGGCAUCUUCGCGGUCGGCUAUGGUGUCCAGCAUGGCUACAAUUCUGGACGGGGCUGGAGAGUACCGUCCGGAAUUGUCUCUCCCGCUCCACCACGCAAUGAGCAUGCCGUGCGACACAUCCCCACCUGGGAUGGGCAUGAGCGGUACCUACACCACCUUAACGCCACUCCAACCCUUACCCCCCAUAUCCACCGUUUCGGACAAAUUCCACCCUCAUCACCAUCACCACCAGCGUCUCUCUGGGAACGUAAGCGGGAGUUUUACGCUGAUGCGGGACGAAAGGGGUUUACCAGCAAUGAACAACCUCUACAGCCCCUACCAUAAGGACAUGACCGGGAUGGGUCAGAGUUUAUCCCCCUUGGCCAGCAGCCCCCUCGGAAACGGCUUGGGCUCCAUCCACAACACGCAGCAAAGCCUCCACAACUAUAGCACGCACGGGCACGACAAGAUGCUCAGCUCCAACUUUGAUGCCCACACUGCCAUGCUGGCCAGGGGGGAUCAGCACCUCUCUCGAGGCCUCGGUGGCCCCGCGGCAGGUAUGAUGCCGCAUUUGAACGGGAUGCACCACAACGGGCACCCGGGCCACCCUCAAUCCCACGGGCCUGUGUUGGCUUCCAGUCGGGACAGACCGCCCUCCUCCUCGGGAACGCAAGGUACCAACUCGGGGCACCUCGAAGAGAUCAACACCAAAGAGGUGGCACAAAGAAUCACGGCAGAACUGAAGCGCUACAGCAUCCCGCAGGCAAUCUUCGCCCAGCGGGUGCUGUGUCGCUCGCAGGGCACCCUUUCCGACCUCCUAAGGAACCCAAAACCUUGGAGUAAACUUAAAUCGGGAAGGGAGACGUUCAGGAGAAUGUGGAAGUGGCUGCAAGAACCCGAGUUCCAGAGGAUGUCGGCCCUACGGCUUGCAGCGUGCAAAAGGAAAGAGCAAGACCCAAGCAAAGAAAGGAGCAAUACACCAAAGAAAUCCCGCCUGGUUUUUACUGACCUCCAGCGGCGCACCCUGCUGGCCAUCUUCAAGGAGAACAAGCGCCCAUCCAAGGAGAUGCAGCUGACCAUCUCGCAGCAGCUGGGCUUGGAACUGACCACCGUUAGCAACUUCUUCAUGAACGCCCGGAGGCGGAGCCUAGACAAAUGGGUGGACGAGGGGAGCCCGGGAGCCGCUUCCUCUGCCUCCAGCACUUGUACCAAAGCGUGA